AUCGCGAACACACAGCUGCAGUUACCUGAAUGCAAGUCCCACCAGACGAUGGACCAGAUGAUGAGAAAACGGUUUCAGGAGCCUCUGAUUGGCUGUGCAGUGAGGAAGAGGAGGAGGAAGAGCCUCUCUUGCUGCUGCCUGUGUGUGCUUUGCUGUGUGUGCUUUGGUGUGAUCAGCUCAUAUUUGUUCACCCAGUCGAUCCGUUAAUGUGGAGCAGGAACUCCAGUAGAACCAGAACUCCCAGCUCACAGGUUCGGUCGGGUCGGAUCCGUCGCUGUUUCAGAAUUCUCCAUGGCUGCAUUGGGAGCAGAGGUGACCGGGUCCUGGUUCCUGUCUCCAGGGCUCUUCGGUCUCUUGGUUUUUCUCCUCCUCCUCUCCAUCUUCCUCACCGCUCUCUGCAGCGACUGUAACAGACACUCGUUUGAGCUUCAGGACCCCAAGACAGAAAAAAACCCUUCAACUCUCAUCAGAGUGGUGAGGCUGGAGGAGGUGAGGGAGAACCCGAUGAUGGGAGAGAUCCAGAAGGAUGAGGGAGAGUUUCAUCAUGAAGGAGAUCCGGCCGAAGCCUCAGACAGCCAGCAGGGGGCGCCGCAGACCCUGCCAGACCCAAACUCCUCAGAGGGAACCUCAGCAAUUGCCCCCCCCUGGAGGAGCCACCUGGGGGCGCCAACGAGCAGAGAUCUGAAUGGCUCCACCCCUCAGGCCUCUGACCACACCCCCCACACCGCUGGAGAAGGGCGGGGCAACAGUAGGGAAACCAAUCGUCUGUCGACGCAGCUGAAUUACAUCUCUCCCCCUGACGACAAGAACUCGGUUUAUGCCCGAGUCAGCAAGAAGCUUCGUUUGGCCAACUCAGCUGCUCCCACAGCCGAGGAGGCGGAGCCACAGCUGAAGGAGCGCACCCCCCCACUGCCUGACAGGAGUACAUGGGUGGAGGACAGAGAGCGCCAAGGAGGCUACACAUUCAUGUCCUAACAACCUGCAGGGGGCGCUGCGGCAGCAAGCUUCAGAUGUUUCAACAUCACCUGAAGUUCAGCUGGAGAUUUGAAGAAGAUCUUCAUAAUAAAAGCACCCUUCAGAAUAAAAGUCUUCAGUGAUGACCAUGGUGCAGCUCUAAACCACAGAACUGUCCAAAGUGAGGCUCACCUGAAGCUUCAGCCCAAACCCGAUCCGUGUCAGCAGGUCCAUGCAACCAAUGACUCCUUUUGUUCAACUCUUCUAAUCACCUGGAGGUGAUGGGAUGACUCCACACUGCUGCUGCUUCCUGUCCAUCCACAGGGGGGCGCUGGACUACAACAAAACCAACCCACAGGGAUUAUUUUCAAACUGAGGGAUUUAA